UAAUUUUACUGUAUGGCAGACAAGAAUCUCGGCAAAAUCCGUUUGCCAUUGUUAUUAUUACCCAGGCAAGCCCCGCGAUGGAAGGAAUUUGGAAUGACAAUAUGAAAACAUGCGAAUAUGGCAAAAGAGAAGCGCAGACGACAAAAAAGAAAAGCAGAGCUUGCACUUCUGACAACAGGAUGCGAAAAGGUGACUGAGGAUAUUGCCGAAAAAUUGACGCUAUUUAGCUGGUCCGACCUGAGUCUCCACGCCUCGAUGACCAAACCGUUGAAGAUUUUCAGAGAGCUGGCUCCUUUGGCACGGUUCAGCGUUUCAGAACGCAUUGUGAGCCAGCUGAGCCCCUCCUGCAAUCUUGGCCCAUAAUUCGACCAAGCCAGCCAAGAAAAGACGUUAACUAACACCCGCUGUUGAGGAA